UUCCGGGUCAAUGCAGGACACUGGGCUCCGGCGGCCAGAGUGGGGGACGAGGUGAAGCGGAGCCGGGCCGGGGCCGCCCGGGACCAGGCCGGAGGCUGAGCGGCAGCGACAGCGGUGGCCGGGAGGGGGGAGGAGAGGCGCAGCCCGAGGAGCCGCCGCAGCAGCUCCCCCGCCUCCCGGGCUGAGGGAAUUUUAGGAAAGGAAGAUGGAUCAGCCUAGUGGAAGGAGUUUUAUGCAAGUAUUAUGUGAAAAAUAUAGUCCUGAAAAUUUCCCUUACCGUCGUGGUCCUGGGAUGGGAGUCCAUGUCCCAGCCACACCUCAGGGCUCUCCUAUGAAAGAUCGCCUCAACCUCCCAAGUGUGCUCGUGUUGAACAGCUGUGGAAUAACAUGUGCAGGAGACGAAAAAGAAAUUGCUGCCUUCUGUGCUCAUGUGUCGGAACUAGAUCUUUCUGACAACAAACUCGAAGACUGGCAUGAGGUCAGUAAAAUUGUGUCAAAUGUUCCCCAGUUGGAGUUUCUAAACCUGAGUUCCAACCCUCUGAAUUUGUCGGUUUUAGAAAGAACAUGUGCUGGGUCCUUCUCUGGGGUUCGCAAACUUGUCCUCAACAACAGCAAAGCUUCUUGGGAGACAGUCCACACGAUACUGCAGGAGUUACCAGAUUUGGAGGAGCUCUUCCUGUGCCUUAAUGACUAUGAAACAGUGUCUUGUCCUUCUAUUUGCUGUCAUUCUCUUAAGCUACUACAUAUAACAGACAAUAACCUCCAAGACUGGACUGAAAUCCGAAAGUUAGGAGUUAUGUUUCCUUCACUGGAUACUCUCGUCCUGGCUAACAAUCAUUUGAAUGCUAUUGAGGAGCCUGAUGAUUCACUGGCCAGGUUGUUCCCUAAUCUGCGAUCCAUCAGCCUCCACAAGUCAGGUUUGCAGUCCUGGGAAGACAUUGACAAACUAAAUUCAUUUCCCAAACUUGAAGAAGUGAGAUUGUUAGGAAUUCCUCUUCUGCAGCCAUAUACCACCGAGGAGCGGAGGAAAUUGGUAAUAGCCAGAUUGCCAUCAGUUUCCAAACUUAAUGGCAGUGUUGUUACCGAUGGUGAGCGAGAAGAUUCUGAGAGAUUUUUUAUCCGUUACUAUGUGGAUGUUCCCCAGGAAGAAGUGCCAUUCAGGUAUCAUGAACUGAUUACAAAAUAUGGGAAGUUGGAGCCUUUGGCAGAAGUGGACCUAAGACCCCAGAGCAGUGCGAAAGUAGAAGUCCACUUUAACGAUCAGGUGGAAGAAAUGAGCAUUCGUCUGGACCAGACAGUUGCAGAACUAAAGAAACAAUUAAAAACUCUAGUGCAGUUACCCACAAGCAACAUGCUUCUCUACUAUUUUGACCAUGAAGCACCCUUUGGCCCAGAGGAAAUGAAGUAUAGCUCUCGGGCACUGCAUUCUUUUGGCAUUAGGGAUGGAGAUAAAAUUUAUGUGGAAUCCAAAACAAAAUAACCUCGACCAGCCUUGUAAAAAACACAUAUAUAAGGACUUCUUGCAGGGCAUUUGUUUCCAAUGUGGUUUCCUUUAGGAGGGAGAAAGUUGUUUUUGUUUUGUUUUGUUUAGGUUUUUGGGGGGGGGUUGUAUAUUUUUUUCCCUCUAGGAUGGGUAGGGGGCUGUUUUUGGUAUUUUCUACCACAGAUUUCUUCAGCUCAGCCAGCAGAAUUGGCCACAUCUCCAGUCCAUGUGCCCUCCCUCAUGAAAGAUGACCAAGAAAUCACCGACUUCUUACUGUGUUCACUGGGCUGUGCCUACCGCUUGGUUAUCACGACCAUUUAGGUAUAUUUGUGAAGAUAGCGUGAACAGUGUGUCCCCCCUCAGAAGGGCAACUUGUGGGAUUGAAGUCUGGAGCAGGGAUCUUGAAAGGAAGGGCCAGCACUUCUCUCCCCCAGUUCUUGCGCUGUCCCUCCCUCUCUCCCUCCUUUCCUGUUGUGGUUCAGUUUUUCAUUUUGACUCAUGUCAGCACGUGUUCACCUAAUAGUUUUAUCCUGCCCAUAAGUAACUUCUCAUUUCUCAGUGUGGGCAAUUUUUUCUUCAUUUCUCCCUUUUGAAGUAAUUGUAGUGCUUUAAGCAUUUUCAACCUGAUUCUGAAUUCUCAGGUAUUCCGUGAGAACCUGGAACUCUGUUAGGAUCUUGAAGAGGAGCCGACGGAGAGUUAAAACCCCGGGAAGACUCGCUGCUGCCCUGUCAGCACAGGCUGAGCAGCCUGGCCCCCUGUACGUACCCAGGCCCAUGUCUGCGUCCUGCACACCUGACGCCCACCCCCACUUCCAUAAUCCAAAACGUGUCACGUGCCCCAGUUCUUUUAUUCUUUCUUGUCCAAUGUAUUUCCUCAUCUCUAGCUGUCUUUCUCAUUACUCUAAACCACUGGGACUAGAGGCCUGACUUUCUGAGGGACCCAGGAGAGUAAAGGAUACACGUGCCUGGAGAGCUGGGAGUUAGAGAGCCGACUGUCCUUGGUGCGUGUGAGGGAGUAGAGUGGGAGAGAAGUCCAGCCAUCCAGGAGAAAGCGAGCUGUGACCUUCCUGCCCGUGUCGUCAUUUGAAGCCCUGGCUCUUGCACUUUGCAUUACAAGUGGGAAAGCUUAAUCAGAGGGACUUCUGAUUCCCAGUUCUUCCCUGGGAUUCUGUGAUGUCGUCAUUGGACAGUUCUUUUUGUUUUACAUUUCAACUCAGCUGCCCCUCCCGAAGAACAACUCUGCCUAAUCUACGAGUAAAGUCUAAGUGUCAAAACUUCAGAAUUGCCUCCAAGUCAUAUUUUUUGCAGAAGCAUAUUUAAGCACUUUUCUUUAAAAGCCAGUUCCUCACCUGCCCUGAAAUCUUUGCAUUUGUUCUUGUAGUCCUUCGUUAAUCAGGUUUACCCCUUUCUGUGAUAGGUGUCUUUCUUGGUCCACGGUGUUUACAGAUGGGAGACUCGGGGACGACUUGGCAUCAUUAAGGGCAGGCGAUGUGCACAUGAAGUAUUUUUUCCAAGAAUGUAAUCAUUAUCUGAUUGCAUUUGACCUUUUGACCUUGUUAUAGGAUUCCACCGCUCCUACAAAAUUCUUUAAUUUCGUAACGAAAUUUUUAGAUAACUCUUGUAAAUUCUUCACUUCUGCAGAGUUGUGAUUAUUAUUGCUAUUUUUAAAUUUUUCCUAUGCCAUAACAGCAGAUGUUUAUUCUCUUAAUGCACUUCAGGUUCAGGAUCUGUAAAGCCUUUGACCCAGGCUUACUGAGUCAAGUCUUCAUUCACUGUAACGUUAAAGGUGGAAACCAAAGGGUUUGAGAAAGAUGAAUGAAGCCUGUUCUCCUUCUGCUGCCGACUUGAUCUUUCAAAAUCCUAAGACUGAGCAAUGGAGAUCCAGGCUGGGUAGAGACAAGAAUAAUUAUUUUGCAGUCACAUUUUCCUGACAGAUUUUUGGAAGUUGGAAAAAAGUGUGGAAGCAGUGUCAUGAAGAUAAAAACUGUGGGUGCUUUGUGUAUGUGCGCAUGAGUGCAGACGAGUUUGAGAGAGAAACUGUGUAAUUGAGCCUGUCCCUUUUGUCAGCCUGGGAAACAGAUGCACUCUUAUUUUUUGAGGUAGUAUGACCCCUGAUUGUCCCACAGCAGAAGGCAGAGCAAACACUUGGGUUGUGCUUUAAUCAUAAGUGGAAUGGUCACAAUUAAUAAGAUAUUUUAUAUAUGACAAAGUUUUAUGAAAUGCUUUUUUACUAUUAGAGACCUGUUCCUUCUGUUAUGACAGAACACAGCGUCCAUCAACUGCAGGAUAAUUCCUCUAUUAUACAGUUGCAUGUCAGGGGAAUGUCUCAUCAAAUUCAGUGGAUGUGGGUAUUUUUAGGGCGUUGUAAUUGAUGGUUUUAAUAAUUGCUGAACAAUUUUUGAUUGAGACAAAGUCUAAUGCAAUUACCGGUCUUUUAGAGCUACAGAACAGAAGUAAAAGAGAAAAGCUAUUUGAGCAUGUGUACUUGUAGAUUUAUUUGGGCGGCUGAGUAAAGAUGCUGCUUUUGAAAUAAAAUUGGUGCUGUGUAGACACUUGUAACCCAAAUUAUUUUUGUAACAGGCCAAAAAGAAGGAGACAUGAGACCAUGGACCUUUGAGUCUAAAAGUUAUGCAUAAUAGAUGGCCACAACUUCUCUGUAUUUUAAUAUUGACUUCAUCCACAUAUAGCGAGAGCCUAUUAUUGGCAUUUAUAAGGCAACACGCUGUCAGAGCCAGUAUUACAGAUAUGUUGCUGCAGGCACAGUGUAUAAAACAUAUCUUUUCUAAAAUAGAAAUUCUUUUCAGUGGAGAAAAAGGAAAGGAGUAAUAGAAGAAAGCCAGAUCAAAACCAAGGGAUCCUCUGUGCCCACAUGUAGCUGCCGAAGCCACAACAGAAAUCAGCUUUCGAAAUGGAAUUAUUGAAAUAUCCCAGAUUGCUUUAAAGGAGGGAAAAAAAAGUUUAGAGUCCCGUGUCUUUUAGGAUUAUUAUUAUUAUUAUUAAGUUUCUAUUGUUUCUGCAACCUAUUGCCACCAUGUCCAUAAACACAUAAGAAAGCAGCAGAUAUCCUACAACACCUUGUUUCUUGAAGACCUUUGGGUGAAAAGAAGCCCAAAACAUGAGCUAUGUGUAACAGAGCCACAUGUUAUGAUGCUAUGUCCUAAAACUUUGUUCACUUAAAGAAAUGCAAGUUCAGUCCUCACCAGAUGUUUCAGCUCUGUUGCUAAGUCAGCAGUGUCCCGACCAGAGAACACUGGCUGCGCGAGGAACUGACCCCCAUCCGAGGCACGCCGCUGAUGGCUCUUCCUAAUGCACGUGUGAGCAUGACUUGCUCCGUGGCAAGUGCUGGGCUCUAGAGCACAUAAAACAGGAAUACAAAAUAAUAGAUUGUUCUAAGCAAUGUCAUUUCUGUUUAUGAAUUUUGAUUUUUCCCUGCAUUUCAUGUUAGAUUGAAAACGCAAAACAAACUGCUUUCCAAUACCCCCAGAAGCUAUCUGUGUUACCAGAUGUGUUGCGAACACUCUAUUUUUCAUAGGUGCUUCCUUUACUAUAAUAUGUCCAUUGUAGUGAUGGAGAGGGACUGGGUUCUCUCAGGCUCUUUACUUGCCAGUUGUCUCCUGCAGCUAAUGGAAAUAUAUAUUUUAUUUUAGAGUAUAAUUUAAACAUGAAGGUCUAUUCUUUGCACUUUUUAUUAAUGCGUAUAUAUAUAUAGAGAUAAUCU